AUGCAGAGUCUAACAGAGAGUAUUCCAGGUUAUAAACUCUGUAUGCAUAUUCUGAUGCCUAUUAUAUGUAUAUUUGGUAUCAUCGGUAUAAUUCUGACAAUUAUUGUCCUGAGUCAUAAAAGCAUGUCGACCUCGACAAAUAAUUACUUAAUUUCGUUAGCAGUGACUGAUAUGUUGUUCUUAAUUGUGAUGAGCGUGCGUAUCUUCGAUACAAGGCUUGGACGGUUGGGCCAUCUCUAUUACCUGGUGAUAAUGACGUACGGAAACAUUUUGAUAACCGUUUUCCUGUUUGCCUCGGUUUGGCUGACCGUUAUGUUAACUGCGGAACGAUACAUUGCUAUUUGUCAUCCUCUGCGAGCAAUAACACUGUGUACCGUAUGGCGUGCCAGGAUUAUCAUUAUAUGCAUCAUCUCGAUUGCAACUCUUUAUCAUACCGUGGAAAUAUUUAGAUAUGAAAUUCAGUUUAGCUGGAACCCUUGCGUACAAAAGGAGGUGCCUGCAAUAGUAAUGACAACGGUAGGGCUGAAUCAAGAGUUUCGAAAAGUUUACAGCUGGUUGAACUGUAUUCUUCUCGCAAUUGCCCCAAUAACAAUGGUUUUUGUUUUAAACAUAUUACUGAUUCUAGAAAUCCACCGUUCAACCAAGUACUUGCGUUACCAUUUGGCGAACGACUGUAAUGUACAGACCAUCAUUUUGUCUGAGGAACAGCGGAUUACUGGGAUGCUUAUUUUGGUUGUGAUUGUGUCCGGUGUGUGUCAAGGACCAUACAUUCUUCUAACUAUGUUUAAGGGACUUUUUCCAAAUGUUUUAUUUGCGAACUUAAAUACAAUGACCUAUGUUACCGUAUUGUUUCUAGCCCUAAGGUCUUCUUUCAACUUCGUUAUAUACUGUUGGUUUAGCGAAAAGUUUCGGAACACGUUCAAGCGUAUUUUCUGUGUAGACAAGUGCAAGCCAAUUAUAUGGAACAAAAAGUCUGUGUUUGAGAUCCUGAAGUUAACUGCUCGUGCAACCCUUGGAGUCAAUGUCAUCAGCGAAUCUCAAGUUGGAGGUGGGUUUUCCACCGAUGGAUAUAGAGAUGUGGCGGUCAUGAAGAGUCUCCUGCAUUAUCUUCUCAAGAAAAAGGUUGAACAGGACGGGGUAGAGUAG